AUGAUUUUUUUUUUGUUAAUGGCUAAUGCUUUAUUUCAGAGAACCAAAUCUGUACCAUGCCGCCUCACCCUCUCAGGUAAUUGUUUCACCCCUUUUGAUAGUGUUUUAGGUAUGUCCUUGUUGUUCUUCCCUAAGAGCUGCAAUUUUCUACCCUAUUUGUUUACUGCUUAUUAUCGUGCUAAUUCCUUUGUAUUCCUGUUUUUCCGGGUGUCGUGUUUGUGUGUUUGUUUUUGUGGCGCUGCUUAUACGUGUGACUACCGUAUGAUUGUAUAUAUAUGCUGA